AAUUAAAAAAAAAAGAAAAAAAAAGAAAAAGAAAAAAGCUGUUGGAUCCAAAAGCCUCAUCGGCUUGGAUUUGCUAUCUCACCCAGCUCAUCUCCAAAAACUCGCCGGAACUUUCGGUCGGAGCCACAUACAUACAAUACCCAAACCCACCACAACUUUCUUAGAUUCUUUUGCUUCGUUCACUUCGCAGAUUACAAGCACUGUUUAGUUCCCGAGAAAUACUGAGGUAGUAGAGAUAUAAUUCUUUGAGUCUCGCGAAGAUGGACGAGGAAAGUGAUCUGGAGCUUCUACAAAGGUACCGACGGGACAGGCAAAUGCUUCUUGACUUUAUACUUUCCGGUAGUCUAAUACAGAAAGUUGUAAUGCCUCCUGGUGCGGUGACACUGGACGAUGUGGAUUUAGACCAAGUCAGUGUUGAUUAUGUCCUUAAGUGUGCUAAAAAAGGUGGAAUGCUUGAACUCUCUGAAGCUAUUCGAGAUUAUCAUGAUCAUAUUGGUUUACCCCAAAUGAAUAACACAGGGUCUGCCGGUGAAUUUUUUUUGGUUACGGAUCCUGAGUUUUCAGGUUCUCCUCCUAAAAGGGCUCCACCUCCUGUCCCUGAAUUUGUGCCACCUCCAGUUUACACACCUGCUCCAGUAGUUGCAACAGCUCCUAUUCUAACACCAACUGACUUUGAUUCAUCACCUGCUAUGCCAAGUGAAUUAAAAUCAGAGUCUUUUAACUCCACACAAUGUAAUGAACUAACUGUGGAUGACAUCGAAGAUUUUGAGGAUGAUGAUGAUGUUGAUGAGGUUGAAAGUCUUGUGAUUUCAAGGAGGAGUAGGAAUGAUGCUACAGAUCUUGCACUGGGAUUGCCUUCUUUUGCAACAGGUCUAACUGAUGAUGACCUUCGUGAAACUGCAUAUGAAAUCCUCUUAGCAUGUGCUGGUGCUACAGGGGGUCUCAUUGUCCCAUCAAAGGAAAAAAAGAAAGAUAAGCGAUCCAGGCUGAUGAGGAAGCUUGGACGUAGUAGGAAUGAAAAUGUUUUGAGUAAAUCUCAACAAGCACCUGGUUUGGUUGGUUUGUUAGAGACUAUGCGUGUCCAGAUGGAGAUAUCUGAAGCAAUGGACAUCAGAACAAGACAAGGGCUGCUAAAUGCUCUUGCUGGGAAAGUGGGGAAAAGAAUGGAUGCACUACUAGUUCCUCUAGAAUUACUAUGUUGUAUUUCAAGAACAGAAUUUCCUGACAAGAAGGCCUAUCUAAAAUGGCAAAAAAGGCAGUUAAACAUACUGGAGGACGGGCUUAUUAAUCACCCUGCUGUUGGAUUUGGGGAGUCUGGGCGUAAAGCGAGUGAGCUGAGGAUUCUCUUGGCAAAGAUUGAGGAAUCUGAGUCUUUUCCAGCUUCCACUGGUGAAAUUCAAAGAUCAGAAAGCUUGAGAUCUCUCAGAGAGAUAGCCAUUCCUCUUGCUGAGAGACCGGCUAGGGGUGAUUUAACUGGUGAAGUAUGUCACUGGGCAGAUGGUUAUCACCUGAAUGUCAGACUGUAUGAGAAACUUCUUCUCAGUGUUUUUGACAUGUUAGAUGAGGGAAAGCUGACAGAGGAAGUAGAGGAAAUUCUUGAGCUCUUGAAGUCAACUUGGCGUGUUUUAGGAAUCACGGAGACCAUACAUUACACUGUUUAUGGAUGGGUCUUAUUGCGCCAGCAUGUUAUUACAGGUGACCAAGAUAUUUUACAACAUGCAAUUGGGCAAUUGAAGAAAAUACCACUGAAGGAGCAGCGGGGCACACAAGAGAGGUCACAUUUGAAAAGUUUGUAUUCUAAAGUUGAAGGUGAAAAAGGCCCUAGAGAAAUGUCUUUCUUACAGUCCUUUUUAUUGCCGAUUCAGAAAUGGGCUGAUAAGCAGCUGGGAGACUACCAUCUUCACUUUUCUGAGGGUUCAGCAAGGAUGGAGAAAAUAGUAGCAGUGGCAAUGGUUUCUCGGAGGCUUCUUUUGGAAGAACCUCAUAUAGCAGUAAUGCAAUCUACUGCUAUCACAGAUCGAGAUCAGAUAGAAUCUUAUGUAUCGUCAUCCAUUAAGAAUGCAUUUGCACGGAUAUUGCAGUCUGUUGAUAAAUCAGAUGCAAAGCAUGAACAUCCUUUGGCAUUGCUGGCAGAAGAGACCAAGAAACUUUUGAAAAAAGAUUCUACCAUGUUCAUGCCAAUUUUAUGUCAAAGGCAUCCACAAGCAAUCAUUGUCUCAGCCUCAAUUCUUCACAGGCUUUAUGGAACCAAGUUGAAACCUUUUCUUGAUGGUGCUGAACAUCUGACUGAGGAUGUAGUAUCUGUAUUUCCAGUAGCUGAUAGUCUUGAGCAGUAUGUUAUGGAACUUAUUACGUCUGCAUGUGAAGGAGAAGCUGCAGAACUCUUCUGCAAGAAGCUAACUCCAUACCAGAUUGAAUCUAUUUCUGGAACAUUGGUAUUGCGUUGGGUCAACUCACAACUUGGAAGAAUCUUAGGUUGGGUUGAACGUGCAAUAGUACAAGAGAAAUGGGAACCAAUAUCACCACAACAGCGGCAUGGGAGUUCAAUCGUUGAAGUAUAUAGGAUUGUUGAGGAGACGGUUGAUCAGUUUUUUGCUCUUAAAGUUCCAAUGAGGAUUUCUGAGCUGAAUAGUUUAUUUCGUGGUAUCGAUAAUGCAUUUCAAGUGUAUGCCAAUCAAGUUGUUGAGAAGUUGGCUAGCAAGGAAGAUUUAAUUCCACCUGUGCCUAUUCUUACACGAUACAGCAAAGAGUCUGGAAUAAAGGCUUUUGUAAAGAAAGAACUGUUUGACCCUAGGCUCCCUGAUGAAAGAAGGUCCACUGAAAUUAGUGUCCUAACAACACCAACCCUUUGUGUUCAAUUAAACACACUAUAUUAUGGUAUAAGUCAGCUUAAUAAAUUGGAAGAUAGCAUUUGGGAGAGAUGGACAAGGAAAAAGCCCCAUGAUAAUUUAACCAAGAAGUCCACAUAUGAGAAAUCUAAAACCUUCACUCAAAAGGGCACAUUUGAUGGUAGUAGAAAAGAUAUAAAUGCUGCUAUGGAUCGCAUUUGCGAGUUUACUGGAACUAAAAUUAUCUUCUGGGAUUUAAGGGAGCCAUUCAUUGAGAACUUAUAUAAAUCAAGUGUUUCUCUCUCUCGGUUGGAGGCUGUAAUCGAACCACUUGAUAUGGAACUUAGUAAUCUAUGUGCCAUCGUUGUGGAGCCUCUCAGGGAUCGGAUUGUGACGAGUCUUCUUCAAGCAGCACUGGAUGGCUUAUUACGCAUUUUAUUAGAUGGAGGCCCAUUAAGAGUUUUCUCUUUAGCUGAUGCAAAACUACUAGAUGAAGAUUUGGAGGUCUUAAAGGAAUUCUUCAUUUCUGGGGGAGAUGGACUUCCUCGAGGAGUGGUAGAAAAUCAGGUUGCAAAUGUUCGGCAUGUAAUAAAAUUGCAUGGCUAUGAGACUCGAGAACUCAUCGACGACUUAAAAUCUUCUAGUGGCCUGGAAAUGCAAGGUAGUCGAAGCAAACUAGGAGCUGAUUCUAAGACUCUGUUAAGAAUAUUAUGUCAUAGGAGCGAUACAGAGGCCUCUCAAUUCGUCAAAAAACAGUACAAGAUACCAAAAUCUGCUACUUAGAUGCCCUUAUUUUUGUUCUGAAAUGGGUUGGUUAGAGCAGUACGUUUGUAAUUUUUAGCAACUCGUUGUUGUUGUGAAUAUUAAGUUUCGUUUAUUCGAAGAAUACGUAACAUUCACUA